AGCCGCCCCGCCCUCACGGAGAGGGCGGUGUGGGGACCCGGAUGAGGCGGCCUCCGGUGGCCGCGGCCGUUAAACAGCGUCCUGCGGGAGCGACCCCCGGCAUGGCGGCGGCUCGGUGAGGGCAGCGCGCCCGGGGUGCGGAGAGGAUGCAGCUGAUCUACGUGAUCCUGCUCUCGGCGCUGGCCGGCUGCGUCCUCACGCUCCUUUUCCAGCUGCUGCUCUUCUACUGGGGGAAGCCGGAGCCUGUCGGGACGGCUGGAGACACCGACGGGGUCGUCUACGCUCGUGUGGCGGCUGACCACAGCCUCAGGGACUAUCUCCAGGGCUCGGAGCCGGCCGGCAGCCAGGCGCCUUCAGAUUCGGCCCCUACCCCUGCUCCGGCCUCAGCGCCGGCCACCGCUGCGGCUCCUGCCGCCGCCCCGGGCUCGGAGCCCAGCGCCAAGCAGCAGCAGCAGCCAGAGCCUUCUCCGGACCCCUGCCGCGAGGAGACGUGCCACUUCCUCAAUGCUAUCUUCCUCUUCCUCUUCAGGGAGCUCAGGGACACAGCCCUGGUCAGGAACUGGGUCACCAAGAAGAUCAAGGUGGAGUUUGAAGAGCUGCUCCAGGCCAAGAUGACGGGGAAGGUGCUGGAGGGGCUCAGCCUCAGAGACGUCUAUCUCGGCAACGUCCUGCCUGUGUUCAAAGCUGUCAAGCUCAUUCGGCCAGUGGUCUGCAACGAGGAGGGCUGCCCCGAGGAGCUGGGCUUUGAGGUAGACCUGGAGUACAAUGGUGGCUUCCACUUGGCCAUCGAUGCCGACCUGGUCUUUGGCAAGUCGGCCUACCUCUUUGUCAAGAUCUCCCGGGUGCUAGGGAAGCUGAAGCUGGUCUUCACACGCCUGCCCUUCACUCACUGGUCUUUCUCUUUCAUGGAUGACCCUGUGAUACUCUUUGAAGUGAAGUCUCAGUUUGAAGGCAGGCCCAUGCCACAGCUCACUUCCAUCAUAGUGAACCAGUUCAAGAAGGUUAUUAAGCGCAAGCACACCCUGCCCAAUUAUAAAAUCAGGUUCAAGCCAUUUUUUCCAGUUCAUGUAUUGCCACCUGAUGAAUGUGAAGAUCGCGACCUCUGUAUACAGGAGCUUCUGUUGACAGAAGGUCGUCUAAGAGUCACCUUAAUUGAAUGUACAAGGUUAUUUAUGUUUGGAUCCUAUGAAAGAGAAGCGAACGUUCAUUGCACAAUGGAGCUGAGCACUAAUGUUUGGGAAGAAAGAUCAAGAAGUUCUAUUAAAACGGCAGAACUAGUGAAAGGGACUCUGCAAAGUAUUGGACUUACGCUCCGCUUUGUGCAGUCCAAGGAUGAUGAUACAGGGCACGUCGUCAUCGAAACUGUGACUCCAAACUCACCUGCUGCAGCUGCUGAUCUACAGAGGGGAGACAGACUUCUAGCCAUUGGCAGUGUUAAAAUCACAUCAACUGUCCAAGUGUUGAAGCUCAUUAGACAGGCGGGGGAUAGAGUUUUAAUUUUUUAUGAAAGGCCUGUUGGGUGUAAUCAGCAUGGUUCAGCACUGCAGGAUGGAUUUGGUCAACUGGAAGACGCUGCUUUCUUGACACAGACGGAAGAUGACCAAGCUAGUAUAUCAGUUGAUGUUGAUAACAGAGAUUUUGAUUCAGAAUUUGAGGACUUAGCUUGUGAAUCACCUGAGCAAAAAGAAGAUCUGCCAACAACUCUGAGUCCCAAACGUUCAGUAGUAGUACUUGCUACGAAAACCCAUGGAACUAUAUCUCCGAUUCUGAAUCGAAAGCUGUAUUUAGGAAGUCAGACAACAUCAAAAACACAACAAAAAGAUGGAAAUAAAUUGGCAGUACCCAAAAUUAUUGAGGGUUCAGAUACAUCACAGCAAUCAGGAAAACAAUCGCAAGGAUCUGGUACCAAGCCUCCUGUGCCACCAAGGCCACAAAGUAAGCCUGUUGUAUCUACUAGUGAAAGUCCAAAUUUGUUAGAACCUGGAGGCGUAUCUUCUGAAAAACCAGAGAAGCCACCUCCACCUACAAAUAAUGGAGAUAAAUGUGCAGAGAAGGUAGUAAAGAAUAAUGAUCAAAUAGAAGACCCAGCAAUAUCAAAAGUAAUAACGACACCAAAACAAGAUGCAUUAAAAGAUGGACUUUCAGAAAAUUCGCGUAGCUGCAAAGAUAGUGGAGAUGAUCGUCAAACAUGGGAAUCACCAGAAAUUCCUUAUAAAAUCCGACAAGGCCGAUGGCCAAAGACGAGAGCAUCCACCUGUCUGUUUGAAGUAGAAGGAUACCAUAGGUACCUUAAUAUUGCACUGUGGUGCAGAGACCCUUUCAAAGCAGGUGGUUUUAUCUGCUUAGGAUAUGCAAGCAUAAGACUUGAAGAAAUUGCUUUAGAUUGUCUAGCUACAUCCUCAAUGGAGUAUAUUAGAACAUUUAAACUGAAUGCUCCUGCGCCUAAAGCUACAGUCACUAGAACAGCGUUGCGGAAUUUGACAAACCAUAAGGGAUUCAAUGAAAAAUUUUGUUAUGGCGAUAUAACUUUACAAUUCAAAUAUUUAAUAGAAGGUGAAAUAGAUGAUUCAAACAUUCUCCUGGAGAAAGAAAAUGAAUGUCAAAUGGAAGAAGAAGCUCGUGCGUGUCAGAAGGAGGAUCCUUACUUGGGACAAAUUGUUUUUACGGAGAGCAAACAUAACUUUCAGGAUACUCAGUUUCAGAAUCCAACUUGGUGUGAUUACUGCAAAAAGAAAGUGUGGACUAAAGCAGCUUCACAGUGCAUGCUCUGUGCUUACGUUUGCCAUAAAAAAUGUCUAGAAAAAUGUCUAACUGAGACACCCUUCUGUGUAGCAGCUGACAAGCGACUUGAUCAAACUGCGGGAGUUUGUAGAGCAGAAGGACAGGAAACUUCCCAAGCUGCAUCUUCUCGUGUUGAUGCAGAAUCUAAAUCUGUUAACAGAACUACAGGUUUGACCAGGCAUAUCAUCAAUACAAGCACCCGCUUCUUAAACCUUCGGCAAGUCCCCAAGGCUCGCCUUUCUGAGCAAGGAGCAGAGGUGGUAGAACCUUCGCCAAAGCACACACCAACCACUUCUGAUAAUGAAAGUAGUGAUACUGAAAUCAGUGGACCAAGCAGUCCUUCAAAACGUGCAUCAAGUACUGGGAUAAAAUUGGUCCGAAAGGAGGGUGGUCUAGAUGACAGCGUCUUCAUUGCUGUUAAAGAAAUUGGACGUGAUCUGUAUAGAAGUUUACCCACAGAGGAGCGUUCCCAGAAACUAGAAUUUAUGUUGGAUAAGCUGCAGAAUGAAAUAGACCAGGAGCUGGAAAAUAACAACUCCCUUGUUAAAGAAGAAAAAGAGACAACGGAUGCAAGGAAAAAAGCCCUGAUUUCUGCUGCACUGGCUAAGUCAGGUGAAAGACUGCAGGCCCUGACACUGCUGAUGAUCCACUACAGAGCAGGCAUUGAGGAUAUAGAGUUUUUGGAGAGCAUGUCCUUAGACCGGCAGUCCAAAGCCGUGACUAAAGAUUCAGAGGAGCCCAGUGUAGCAGAAGAAAUGGAUAAUGAAGAUGUCAGUCUGAUGGAGGCCCCAACAAUCAACAUUAUAUCAGAAGAAUCAGUUGAUCCGCCUGAAUCAGUAGACUGAUAUUUGCAUAUUUAUCCUGAGAAGGAAUGGACUAAAAGAAUACUUUGCACUUCAUUUACAAACACACACAAAGGAAAUGAAAACACUGGUAUGAUGUACGUGUCCUGCUUCUCCACAGUUACUUGCCUGUGUAAGAGUACAGCUAAUAAUGGGUCUUCUCCAGCUACAGCACCAUCAUUUUUAUUACACUGGCUGGGUACAAUUACAUUGUGGGGUUUCUAUUGGAAAUUUAUUUUUAAUAACUUAUUUUUAUUUUUUCUAAUUACGUAACCUUACCAUUUCACAUGAAGGUGUAUGGUGUCCUUAAUGGAUUACUUGCCCUGUCUACCCUCCCACCCUCCCCCCUUUUUGUUUUGAGCCAGUGUUUUCAGCAGGAAACUGGCAGGAUUUUCAAUACGUUGAGUUUCCCUUGUAUGAUUCAAAAAUACAAGCUUGUUGCAUGCCUAAGCUGAUGACUAGCACAGAAGUCACUGAGGGACCAGGCUUUAAAAUGUUGAUCACAGUUUUAUUGUAUGUCUGUCUACUAAAGAGUUGUGUAUUUUUUUUUGCCAAACAUGUCAUGAAAGCAAACAAAGGGUCUUUCAUUUUAUCUGUUAUUAGUGUUUACUGAUGUUACUGUUGCAUAUCGUUUGUUUUCCAUAUUUUUGUUAAACACAAGAACUUUUCAUAGUUUUUAAUUAAUAUGAAAUACAGUAAUGCUAAUCCUCCUUAGAACUUUGGGCUAUUGUAUCCUGAUUGUACUGCUAGAUAUCAAAGUACAUACCAGUAUCUCGGAAUAAUUUAAUUGGGAAUAUCUUUGAGAUAAGAGGCUGGUUUGGUUGCCUUGCAGAACAAAAUUACGUGUUUAAGUAGCGUUGUACUGUCAGAUAAGCUGCUAAAGGAAAACUGUUCUUGACAAGAGUUGGAGGUUUCAUAGCAUUCUAUGAAAAAGAAUGUGAUGACAGUUUAAGUGAUUUAAAACCAAAAUAUUUUGCUGCAGACUAUCAUUUUUGGGAAGCUUAAGGUACAAAAUACUUCACAAAAUAGCUAAAGAUGUUCUCUCAACACUUUUGAGUAUCGUCAUAGUGGUCAUUGGCAUUCAGCUUCUCAGACAGAAGAGACAGUCUGAGCAGAAGGAUGACCUUUGUCAGAAAAAUGUCUUAUAGUGUAUAUAAUGUUUUAUUUGAGUCCAAAUACGUGCGUCCAGUAGAGAUGACAACAAAUGUCAGUCAGCUGCUUUUGAAAAGAUCUAUCUGGUCUUGUGCUAUGUGUAAACUGUGGAUCUUAGCAUCUUAGCUAAGGCCAUUGUUCUUAUUUAUUUCCUGUCUUUGUUUCAUCUUCUGUGUAUAGAAAUGCAGUGUGAAAUAUCAUCUUUAUUUUAGGUACCGUGUUAGGAACUGGUAUCGUUAUCACUGGUACCAUGGUGGUAAGAAAGAAAAAAUGCCUAUGUGGAAAUGGUGUUAAAUCUACGAUGGUAAAAUAACUCAUUUAAAUUUUCAGGCAGUCUGUAAUGUUCCUCUCCGUUAAAUUUGCUUCUCAGUUUAUUUUCUGAUGGGCAAAACUAAGAAGCAAUGGUUUUUACUGAUGGCAAAGCAUACUUGGACUUCUAAACAAAAUUGUUACUUCCACUCAUGCAACUACUUGCACUUCUUUGUGAGUUCUGGGCAGUUGAUACUUACUUAAUUGAUGUAUGGAAAACACUACCCAUGCUAAAACAGGCAUGUGACACACUUCUGGAAUUAAGCUUCAGCAAAUAAUCGCACAAAAUUAGCUUCCCUUAUUGACUAAAAGUUAUUUAACCUAUACUUGCUUGAGAUGCAUAUUAAGACUUCCCCACUCAGUUUUCUCGGCGGCUUACGAUUGGUGCUGAUGUGCAUUUAAUCUCCAUCAGUGUUUGCUCUUAUGGACUACUAUAGAGCUUUUCAAAUAUAUAUCCAAGUACUUCAUUUAAACCCUGGUACACACGAAGGAGCUGUGAAAACAAUGCAAAUGCCGAUUUCAAAAACACAUCUGUGGGUUUAGAUUGACUUGUGUAAUGCAGUGGGUAAGAAAAGCUGGAUGUAGUUUUCCUCUUAUAGUACUGCUAAUGAUGAUUGUAAGAGAGAAAUUAAACGUAGUGCAAUAUUUUUAAAUAUGCCGAAUGGGAAAAGGGCAAAAUAGUUGUAUUUUAGUGAUAAGAAGGAAAACAUACAAUUCCUAUCUGGCAUUAAUUACAAUAUACGGUGAAUCUCAAGGGGAAAAUUGUAAUACUACAUUCCUGAUGUAAUCCUUGCUUCAUGCUUGACUGUAAAUAGCUGAAAAUAAAGAAUACCACGGAAAACAAGAAUAUCUUGACUUAAUGAUAUCUGAAUAGGUGGCAGCUACACACAUUUGCAGAAGAUCUGCCUAAUACGAUUUUGUUGGCUAUUAUUUUAUCAUGAGAAUAAGCUUUAAUAAAAUAGUUUUGCUAAAUUA